GUCGGUUAAAUUAAAAUAUAAUUUAAUAAAUCGGCGAAUUUGAAGUCUCUCAAUGGUUGGAAUCCAAAUCGGGAUCGGAGAGGAACGGGAACGGUGGCAUCUCUCCUUCUCCUCCGUCGCGCCGUGUUACACGGAGAAGCUGAAAUCCGAUGAUUACCGAAAGAGAACCGCCGGAGAGAGGAAGUUUCUUUGUCGACGAAUCUGCGGUCGAGAAGGCUUGCGGCGGUUCGAAGAAAGGAAAUGGUGUGGUCCCGGCGGAGUAUCCCGGCGUUGAGGUAAAGAAGGAGCCACAGGCUCUGCGUCGUGACGAGAUCAGAGAAAAUGUGUUCAGGCCAUCUCGAAGACAUUGCAGAGACAUCUCUAAGCAAGUCACCAGGUGUUCGACGAAUUGCCUCGCACAAAACUUCAGUAAGAAAGUUAUGUUCUUAGCUUCUCAAUGAUCUAGAAUGUAUGCUGUGUUGGUUAUCUUCCCUUGACUGUGUCUUGUGAGAAUGAAUGCUGAUUGACACAGAGUAUCCAUUUCUUAGUGACAUGUUCUUGCCUGAUAUCAAAACUAACAGGGUAAGUUCAUAUAAAUAUAUAUAUAUAUAUAUAUAAAGUGAUAGAGGGGUUCCAUUUUGAGAGACAUUGAUA